AUGUCAGUUGAUUCUGAUAUUGAAGUUAAUAAUACAAAUUAUAUCAAUGAUAAUUUUAUUCGACUCAAUCUCGAACAUGACAAUAAUUCUAGUGAAGAUGAAAUUGAAAGUUCAACUACUACAGCAAAUAAUAUUAUAAUACCAAUCACCGACGUUCAAUCAUUUUCUACCAAUGGCAAUAACAUCAAUCCUUCUACUCAAGUUUCAUCUUCAAAUAAAGAUGCUACAACCAUCUCAGUGCAUCAAAAACGACGACAAUCGAGUGUAAAAGAGAAAUUAAAAAUCAUUUCUGAAAUGAAUAAAGGCGUGUCACUUCAUGCACUUGAAUUACGAUACAAAUGUACACGAAAAAUGAUUCUUGAUUGGAAAAAUAACGAAAAUAAAUUCAUCAAAUUGGCAAAAGAUCAAGGUGGAAAAGGAAAAAAACGUAAACGUUUAGAUGGAGCUGGUGCUAAGUUAAGCGAUAUUGCUUUGGAUGAUCAUCUGAUCAAAUGGUAUAGAUCGAAACGUAGCUUGAAUCAAACUGAUAUAAACGUAAGUAAAGAAAAAGUGACAUUCAAAGGAAUGGUUAGAGAAGGUUACAGAAUUUAUAGUGAACUUGAAACCAACGAACCAUCAAAUAAAUGGUUUACAAGAUUUUUAAAACGACAUCGUUUAUCGUUACAAAAACCCGUUCGAAAGCAAAAGAUUUCUCUUUCAGAGGCCCAUAUUUCUAUUAACAAAUGUCAUUCUUAUCUACGACAAUGUAGUCAACGGGGCCCAAAAAGAGGUUCUAUGGAUUGCUUUGUGGAAUCUGAUAUCUGUAAUAUGGAUGAAUCACCAUUGAGUCUCUGGGGAGAUCAAUCGAGACGUUCUAUAAAUGACAGUAACACAAGAAAUGAAAUCGAAGGACGUCUUGAAAAUAAGCGUUUUGCUACUAUUAUUUUAUGUGUAUUUCCAGAAGGAAAUCAUCGAGUAGAACCUGUGCUAUUGUUUUGA